UAGCAGCCGAGUGUUGUGCAGUGAUUUGAGACACGCAGGUCGAGAUGGCUUUGGACAACAACACCAUUUUCCGCGGAUUGCUCCAGAAACCGUACGAGCCAAUGUUUGUCCCAAAAUCGGAUGGAAAGAUUUACUACGAUCUACCGGACACUUAUCUAACCGACGAAUAUCGUCCUUUCGGACCAGCGAUACAGAACCGCUUCAACGGGGAUGCGGAAAUACGUGUUCCAUUUCCCAGCAUUACGCCACCGAAUCUGUCGUUUGCUGACGUCGUGAAACGUCGAGAUGCGUUUUCAGUGUUCAAUCCCGCACACCGCCGAGCGUCGAGUCAGCUGAUUCAGCUGUUUCUCGAUCAACCGGAUCCCGCUCGCCUCAGUGCCGUCGCAGCGUACGUCCGCGAUCGGAUAAACGCUCCUCUCUUCCAGUACGCACUCUCCAUUGCACUGAUCCAUCGCGAAGACACGCGCGACGUGCAGAUUCCGAGUUUUCUGGAACUGUUUCCGGAUCGAUACGUGGACCCGGCCGUGUUUCCUCAGCUGCGCGAGAAGGGCAAUCUGUUGGAAAGCGGCAACAGGGUUGCCAUUGACAUUCCGCCAAACUACACCGCGUCGGAACGCAUCGAGGAUCAGCGCGUGGCGUACUGGAGAGAAGAUGUUGGCCUCAGUUUGCAUCAUUGGCACUGGCAUUUGGUGUAUCCGGCGACCGGGCCCGAUCGAGUCGUGAGGAAAGAUCGUCGCGGCGAACUGUUUUAUCACAUGCAUCAGCAAACGAUUGCCCGGUACAACAUCGAGCGAUACGCCAAUGGGUUGGCGAAAAUCCGAUCGUACAGUCAGCUGCGCGAAACUAUUCCGGAAGCGUACUUUCCCAAAAUCGUAAGAAGUUCCGACGGCCGCGCGUACUCGCCCCGCUAUCCUGACCAAGUGUUGAAGGACGUAAAUCGCACGGCAGAUGAGUCCAAUGUAAGAAUUUCGGAAAUGGAGGUGUGGAUCAAACGGAUACUGGAUGCCAUCGAUAGCGGGGUUGCAGUGAAGACCAAUGGAGACAGGGUGCCACUCGAUAACAAGGAUGGGAUAGAUAUCCUCGCCGAUAUGGUGGAAGCCAGCACAAUUUCCAUAAACUUCAACUUUUAUGGCGACUAUCACCAAAACGGACACGUUAUGCUAGGCUACAUACACGAUCCGGAUAAUUCUUAUCUGGAGGGUGUUGGCGUAAUGGGCGAUCUUACUACGACUAUGCGCGAUCCUAUAUUCUAUCGCUGGCAUCAGCACAUCGAUGAAAUCUUCGUACGGCACAAGCAACGCCUUCCGGCCUACACACAUUCGGAGCUGGAUUUUAGCAAUAUAUCGAUCGACUCGUUCGAAGUACAGCUUAACAGACAGAACGCUCCGAAAAAUGUGCUUCUGACGUUUUGGCAACGGACCCAAUUCGAUCUCGGCACGGGGCUAGAUUUCGUUCCAAAAGGAAACCUUUUCGUGACCUUCACACAUAUCCAACAUGCUCCGUUCACGUAUCGCAUUCAAGCCACCAACCGUGCCAAUACAUCAAAGAAAGGAACCGUUCGACUGUUUUUAGGUCCAACUGUGGAUCAUCGCCGACAGGUUAUGCCUUUCAGUGCCCAACGUAGGCAUAUGGUGGAGCUGGACAAGUUUACUGUGAAUUUACGUCCUGGAAGCAACUCGAUCGUCCGACGGUCGGAUCAAUCCAAUUUAACCAUCCCGUACGAACAAACGUUCCGCAACAUCGCAAAGUCCAGCCAACCAGGCGCUGACGUUUUCCAGUUCUGCAACUGUGGUUGGCCGUCACACUUGCUGCUGCCGAAAGGUUCGGCGGACGGCCUGGGGUAUGACUUUUUUGCGAUGAUUUCCGAUUACAGCCAAGAUCGUGUGGAGGACAUCAACGAGAACGAGGUUUGCAGUGACGCACAUAUGUUUUGCGGGCUCCGCGAUCGUCGUUACCCAGAUGCACGCAGCAUGGGAUAUCCGUUUGAUCGGUUCACCUCGGAGUCCGUACGAAGUCUGCAGGAUUUCACUUCGCCGUAUAAGAACAUGGCAACAACGCCGGUAACUAUUCGUUUCACGAAUACUGUGAUUGCUCGGACGUGAAUACAUAACUGCUAACAACUGCUAUCUUUUUCAAUAAAAUAAACAUGAUCUUAUUUGGCCGUUUCAAUUCGAAAA